AUGGAUGUUUUGCACGACGCCGUGGUUAUCUCGCCAGAGGUGGCACGUGUUCAAAAAAGGCUCGACGAAGCCAAGAAAUCGAAAGAUCAAGAGUUGCAAAGCUGCCUGGAGUUCUUGCUGAAUGAGCUGGCCACGAUGAGCCUGCGCAACAUGAAAUCUUUGCAGGACUUGGUAUUCAAGCAGAAGGAGCGCCAAGAGAGUCAGAAGUUCAAUGACGCAGUAGCACUGGUGGGUGGUGACCCCAGUGACCUGCGGGACCGUUCGCAAAAACUGAUGGAGUUCGACAAGCUUGACACUAAGCGUAUUAGACAGGAGGCCACGAUGUGCUUGGAAGCUGCUCCGAAGCAGAACUCUGUAGAAGCCCAAGAACCUGAUUCUGUUGACAGCUUUCUUGAUGCUGCAGGGUUCUCUGGCAAAAUCAAAAAUGGAGGCAUAUACUUUCUGUACUACGCUGGCCAUGGUUUCGAAGUCAACGGCGAGUUCUACUUCAUUCCGGGAAAGCCGCGAACGAUCCAGAGUUGUGUGACAUUGAACGAUGUUCUCGAGCAGUUUAAGCGGUUCUACGAUUGCACCUUCAUCAUUUGUAUCAAUGCCUGCCGCAGUGGUCUCGUGGGGGAUUUCAAAGACUCGCUUUGCAACACGUUCGUGAACAAGCCUGGCAGUUGUGUGUCUUUCAACAACUAUGUUCUCAUGUUCCCCACAGCUUCCGGUGUUCCAGCUGAUGAUUCUGAGACCGGCAACGCACGGACUUUCGCAACACUUGUACAAGAGCUGCUUCCGACGUUGGCGACCAAAAACCAGGCAGCUCUGCUUGCAGCCCUGAACGGUUUUGCCAAGAGGUUCGGGGAUAAAGAGCAAGACAACGCUGCACUUUAUUUCUAUCCCUCGGCUCAUGCCAAGCCACCUACUACUGGCUAUACGGAGUUGUGGGGUUUGUGGCAUCAAGUCGAGAAAGACAUUCAAAAGACUGUGCCUUAUGGGACAGUACCAAUUCCCGACUACCGCAAGGACCACCGCCGUCGGGUGAAUCGCAUGAGCGCUCCAACAGUAGAGCUUCCAAGCCCGGGUAGACAGCCUCCGGUGUGCAUCAUCCUGGGCCAUACCCGAGAGUUGAGCUACAAGGACUACAUCGCUCGGUUCAUCACAUCUGGCAUGAGUGCCAACUACUUGAUUACGACUACAGGGCGGCCGUACUUGCUGGUGGCGGAAGAGCUCAUGGCAUGGGACUACAAUUUAGCAUAUUGGGGCGGCUCGGGCUUCGUUGACAAAGAGGGCUUCUUGGAAAGCAGGGGCAAGCUCAACGAGCUGAAGUCUUAUUCGAUCUCCAUUGCGCUGGAGCUUCAGCACCAACAGGGGUACACUGUCGAGCAGUACCAGGCCCUUACCAAAUUGCUGCGAGAGAUCAGCUGCAGGUGGAAGCUGGAGCCAUGGAACGUUUUGGGAGCAGACGAGGUGGGGCAGGACCCUGACGACCCCGAGCCGGGCCCAGGCAAGCAAUUCAACUGGAGGCCGUUUGUACACGAGCAAAAACACACUUAUGGUAGGCUUCUCGUUGAAAGUGAAGCUUCCUCUGCAAGGAAAGUGCUCGGGCUCCGAAGCAGAGAUAAAGAAGCUAGAAAAGUGGGGCUAUGCUUUCGGACCAGAGGAGACUGGUGCAAAACAGGUCGUGUUGGAGAGGCGCUGCACUGCAUUCAGCCAUCGGUAUGGUAUCCAGGAGGAGGCACUUCUAGUGGAUGCCAUAGACGACUUGCUUCUGCAACGCAGCAGCCGUCGUGA